GUGAACUGCGUGAACGGUAUCGCCAGUUUUGUGACACUGAGACUAGGGCCCACCUGUCGGCCUCUCAGAUCUCAGCAUCCGGCACCCUUUUCCCCCUCCUCCUAGUUCCGGCCGAGCUCGCCGUCGCGCCGCCGACGCGCCGCCGUUGCCGUUGUGGGGAGGCUUCCGCGGCGGAGCUCCGCGUUAUUAGCUGAGGAAAUCGUUCCAGCGGCCGUGGGUGCUAUGGAUUCGGAUUCUACGAAGCCCGAGGAGCUCGCCGCCUACCAUAGCAGCGAGGCCAAGCAGGCAAGGCUGCAGUCCAUGCUCUCCGCCCUCCUCGACGACCCCAUACUCGCCGAUGUCCCCAGGAAGCCCUCCCUCGCCGACGUCGACACGCUGAUAAACCUCGAGCUCGGCAGCGCCAUGAGGGUGACCGUCGUCAAGUUGGACAGUACCUCCUUCGAUGUCGCGGUGUUGAACUCUGCCACGGUCAAGGAUUUGAAGCUGGCUAUCAAGAAGAAAAUAAAUGAGAUAGAACAAGAACAGAUGGGCCAUCGUCAUAUCUCAUGGAAACAUGUCUGGGAUAACUACUGCUUGGCACAUCAUAACGAGAAGUUGAUAGAUGACGGUUCUGCACUCACAUCUUAUGGCGUUCGUAAUAACUCCAAGGUCUGUUUCUCGCCACACAUCAUGUCCAGAGUGUAUCGAAAGCACUCUAGAAGAAGGAAACACCGCUUCUUCCAUGGCCUUAGCAGGAAAUUGUGAUCCCACCUCAUGGUUUUAAAGCUACAGGAACCCGUAAAACCGGUGUCAAGGCAUGAUCGGUAUCAUCAUGUUCUCACUGGAAGCAGCGUGGUCACUUCAGAUAUGAAGAGUGCUCCAAGCUUUAACUAUGUGGACAAACAGGAAGCGUAUUUUGUGGAAGCUACGUCUUGUGCGCAUGUCAUACAUGUUUUCUUAUUUCAGAACCGCUGCAGUCGUGUAAGUAAGGGGGAAUUGUAGCAAUAUCUCACUGUUUCAAUUGAACCGUGUGGUUUUGUAAGUCAUAUGUCUGACUUAGGUUCAGACAUUUCAGUUUUCAUUACCAAGUAA